ACACCGGCACAUUUUUUUUGCAAACUUAACCUUAAAGAAAGCAAACAUAAAGGCAUGUGUGUUGACUUGGGUUUAAAGUUUCAAACAUAUAUAUCUUCAGUGAAUUUUUUUACAUUAUCUUAUCUAUAAAUGUGUAGUCUGCUGCUCUUCAUUCUUGAAAAUUUGAGCAAUUAAUUUAUCAAAUCAUUUUUUAAAGAAGGGUUAGCUAGAAUCAACAAACAUGGGUAAAAAUAAACAGACAAAGAAAUUUGCUUCUCAGAAGUUUGCAAAGAUGAAGAAGAUGAUCAGUUUGAAAGACACAAGAAUCAAGGAAGACAAACGUGAGAAGAGGAAGACGAAGAAACAAGAAAGUAUUCAAGAGAUGAAAAUAAAGGAAGUGACGCAAGCAUCGUCAGCAUUAUUCUUCAGCUACAAUACACAGCUUGGCCCUCCUUAUCAUGUACUAGUGGACACAAAUUUCAUCAAUAUGUCGAUUAAAAACAAAUUGGACAUAAUACAGAACAUGAUGGAUUGUCUGUACGCUAAAUGUAUUCCUUAUAUUACAAGCUGUGUGGUUGGAGAAUUGGAGAAACUUGGUGAAAAAUACAAUGUUGCGCUACGGAUCAUCAAAGACCCUCGAUUCGAAAGGAUAAAUUGCAUGCACAAAGGAACGUACGCUGAUGACUGCUUGGUACAGAGAGUGACACAGCAUAAAUGCUACAUUGUUGCGACAAACGAUAAGGAUUUGAAGAGAAGGAUACGAAAAAUACCUGGAGUACCAAUAAUGUACAUCACCCAACACAGGUAUUCCAUCGAGAGAAUGCCAGAUGCAUACGGAGCACCAAGAAAUGAUUAAUUGAUCAAUAAAGAACUAUCUUAUAUUUUUA